AUGGCUGGUGAUCGUGCGCAAAAUAACACCGCUGCCAGGGCGGAGGCGCGUCUUGGCAUUGAGUUCUCUGCACGGGCCAGCAUCGGCAUGCCGAUUUUUCCGGCAUUAUCCACGGGGGGACCGUUGGUGGACGGUCACGCUCUACGAUCAAGACGGUUCCUUUGUUCUCGGACGCUCGGCGUGACACCGCUGCGGGACAUUCAACCAGCGUGUGGUCGUUUUGCGGUGGUGAGGUCUACCGUCAGAUCCAACUGGCAACCCAGCGACAAACGGUAUGAUGUGCGACGGCUGCGACAUUUCCCGCAGUACCGCGAGCUCCGGGAUGCGCUCGACUCCCUCCUACCGUUCCGUGCCCUGUGGAAACGGUUACGGCCGGGCACGCUGCAACGCAAGUUUGCCCUUCGAAGUCCCGAAAGGCUUGCUCACUAUGUCCGCCGAGUGCACCAUGUAUGGUCCCAGAUCCUUGGGAGCAUCCACCCGGACGAGGCUGAUCAUAAGACCGUCCAGGCGCUUGAAGGCCGCUGCCCGGGACUUUCAAUGAUUGAUCUGAAUCAUAUCAAAGACGGCUUGGAGACUGGCCGGAUCUUUCCUACGAUCACCCAGCCGGAUGACCGGGCGCGGCUGCUGGAGAGAUUGUCCCGGAUCGACACAAGGAUCCCUUCCCUCCACACUUGGACCACAGAUUCCUUGUGCUUGACCGCCGGUGCCUCUAUCCUUCGGCGCCUGUUCCCGGUUCUCCAGAGCCACGCCACCCUUGAGCAGGAGGCCCAGCGUCACCAUGCCUGGCCUGGCGGUGAGCAGCCAUCUGGCCGUUCCCCGACCGCGGUGGACUUUGGGUCCGCCUAUCGCCAGCUUUGGUUGUUUGCCCUCCGGAACGCACCCGGCCUGCUCUCACUACCCCAGAGCCCACCAGAUGACAAGCAACAAGCCCUGUGGGUACAGGUGGCCCGGUUCGCAUGGGUCGUUGGGUUUAACACGCCAGCAAUCCGGAGCCUCCUGCAAGGUGAUAGACCGACUGUAGGGUUCGCAGCGGAUUCCGCUGGCGGGCCCCCAGCCAUGCCCGCGAUCACCACAGGUCUUGAUGCCCGGGAGUCAGCGGGCAGACGCAUGGUUAGAUCAGCCGCACGAUGCUUCCACGAGGCCCGGCCAUAUUUGUGGGCUGACUACAUUUACUCGCCGUCGCCCACGACACCUGGAUGGACUCUGACGCCAUUUGCUAUCGCGCGCGACGUGUUCCGGGCUUUUUUUGGUUCUGACCACCCCGGUUGCGAAAAUGGUCAGAUGCUAUCGAUGCUAUCCCCGAGCAUUUCAGGCCACGGUUACCUGUCAGCACUUCGUGACGUGAAUAUUGAUCUGGUCCCCAAUCUGGGCGCGGAUCGCACAUGUGCAGACACCCCCACGGGGCUGUUGACAGCCCCACUGGGAUCCAGAUCCCCGUCUCCGCGCUCGGUCAGUCAUUAUUCUCGAUCGGUCAGUGGCGGAAGUAGUCAUACUCCGCCUCCAAAUCAGCCUGGAAACUUACCCGAUCCACCUGAUGAGCUGAAUGCUCCUAUCCCACCCUCGACCGUCUUGAUUGACACGGUUCUUCGUGAGCUGGAGCAUCCUUCUGACAGUCGUGCGCCCGCAGGCCUAGGCCUGUUAGGACAUUCGAUCCAGCUCACGCCGGUUGACGUGCAAAACAAUCUGGAGCAGUACCGGUACCAUGCAACCGGGCCGGCAGCAGUUGUAUAUCACUAUGACGUGCCGCCGACGAUCUAUCAGUUGCCGCUACUUCGUGCCGAGCGUCAGUUCAUGACCGCCAUUGUAGCUACGAACUGUGACUGCUGGUAUGCCGUUUAUGAAGCAGGCUUGUUAUGUAUUCUGGAGCCAAAAGACAUAUUGCCAUGGCUGGGGAAGAAAUUGGUGGUAUAUGGGGAGCGAAAAUAUUGGCGCCAAGCACAAUGCGGGGAAUUUCCCCAAGUACGUUGA